AAUGUCUCUGAGGAACUAUUUCCUAGUUGGUUUCGUGCUUUGCGGAGCUCUUGCCGCAGAAAUAUCAAAGAGCGAUAUUAAUGAAGAAUCGCUGGGUAACAGCGAUAUUAAUGAAGAAUCGCUGGGUAACAGCGAUAUUAAUGAAGAAUCGCUGGGUAACAGCGAUAUUAAUGAAGAAUCGCUGGGUAACAGCGAUAUUAAUGAAGAAUCGCUGGGUAACAGCGAUAUUAAUGAAGAAUCGGCGGGUAACGCGGACGGACGCGUCGUGGGUGGAAAAGAUGCACCAGAUGGGGCUCUGCCAUACCAAGUUUCUGUACAAAAUCAAAAUAAAUUUCCCUUCUGUGGUGGUGCAAUCAUUGCUGACAGAUGGAUCCUCACUGCAGCACAUUGCCUCACAAAUAAAAAGGCAAAAGACUUGAGUGUUUUGGCGGGAACUAACAACAAAAAGUCUGGAGGUACCAGAUACAAAAUUGAUAAAAUUGUAAAACAUGAAAAAUAUACCGAUAGACCGAAUGUAAAUGAUAUUGCUUUGUUAAGAACUAAAGAGAAGAUUAAAUUUACAAAAAAAGUUAAAGCCAUCGAAGUAGCUACAAAAGACCCCAAAGUAGGGGAGAAGUGUAAAUUAUCCGGAUGGGGAUUCACUACCCAAAGUCAAAGUAACAGUCCCAACAAAUUGCAAUGGUUGGACGUAAAAGUUAUAUCGAAUAAAGCCUGUAAAACUAAUUAUAUACGACGCUAUGAAAAGAGUUUCCCUGUUACGGAAAAGCACAUCUGUACUUAUAACAAGAGCGGCGAAGGAACUUGCCAAGGUGAUUCUGGUGGUUCUUUGGUCUGCAACAACAAGUCUGCUGGUAUCGUCUCAUGGAAUCUUCCCUGUGCUCGAGGAGAACCUGAUGCCUACACCAGAACCAGCAGCUACUCCAAGUGGAUUAAGGAGAAAAUGAAAGCUAAUAAAUAAUCCCAAAUUAAGCCCCGAAAAUUGAGUUUUAUAUAUAUUAUAGUUAUAUAUAUUUAUACAACAAUUUCUUACACUUAUUAAAUAUAUGG